AUGUCGACGUCCAUAAACUUGCGGCUUCCGAACAAAGACACGUUUAACCUACUGAUUAGAGCGCAUUUGUGUCUUGUUAUAAUAAUAACUUUAAUUGUUUAUAUUCCCAUGAAUACAAAUUUACCUUUUGACGUUAUAAAUGAAUGUCUAACUGCUGUGGAGUUCUUCAUUGUUUUUUUAACUGUAUUUCAAAUAGUUGUGAAUGCAAUUGCAGUACCAAAGUAUGCACAGCUUAAACCCGUUGUAUUUAAAGUUAGAAAUAUACUAAAGGUGUGUGGUGUUCUCAUUCUUGGGUCUGUCAACUUCCACUGCAUAGCUGUCCUGUUUGGUGCUCCAUUUAUUACUUCUGUAGCGGAAACAUUCCACUUUGCCCUGCUGCUUACAACUACUACUGUACUACCAAGCCUGUGUGUGCUGGGGAUAAACUUCUCAACCUGGGUUAGAGUGUAUGCUCAAAAUUGUCCUGAUGUAGGUGCUGAGUCAAUCCUCUACUAUUCCUCCAUAGGAAGUGUUCUGGGUGCAUGGCUGGGAGCCUUGCCCAUUCCUCUAGACUGGGACAGACCCUGGCAGGUGUGGCCAAUAACAUGUGUACUAGGAAACCUUGGUGGAUAUUUACUGGGUGUUUGUGCUGGGAAUGUACAACUUUAUUUACAUUAUCACAGAUCAAGGAAGUUUAAGCUCACCUGAGACUGUGACUGAAUGAACAGUUGUAAAUAUUCCAGAUCAAGGAGAUCAGAGAUACAGUAGAUAAAUUCUUAAAAAUGUGUUUGAAGAUGGAGAUUAAA